AUGGAGGAUGCGGAGGCGGAGCUCGACGGGGCCGAUCGCGACGUGCCAACUGGCAGCCGCCUCCAGAGCACCGCGGUGAAGGAGAAGCCACGUAAGCGUAAGAGAGCUGCCAAGGAGAAGGCGGAGGAGAGGGCGGAGGCGCAGGAGCCAGAGGCUGCCGACGACGACGUGUGCGCGGAGGAGCCGGACUCGGAGGAGAUGGUGGAGGAGGAGUUGGAGGAAGCCGCGGUCGCGUUGGAAGCGGAGGAGGAGGAGGAGGCCAAGGCCGGAGGAAAAUGGUCGGCGGAGAAGGUCGGGGCGAGGAAGCGGGUGGCGCUGCCGAGCACGGAGAGAAGGGCGGACGCCUCGGAGGACCACUUCGUGGGGGAACCGGUGCCAGACCAUGAGGCGAGGCAAAGAUGGCCGGAAAGGUACAAGACCAAGGGCCCUGAUGUAGUCGCUAAACGUUGUGCUGAGGAUGAAGAGCUAAAGGCCAGAUGCCAUUAUAGAAGGGCAAGAUUCUUUUCUAUUCAAACGCUAAAAUGGCUGAACAUGGCUCCCCAAGGUAAAGCUCAGUUCACUAAAGAUUGGGACUUCUAUUAUGACAUGUCUUAUUCAGUUGCAUAUUCAACAUUUGCAAAUCUGCCAGCAGGGAGUUGUUCUCUUGUAGAUAAUGAUGGUGUUUCAAGCAGUGAAGCAUCAAGCAUUUCUGAUGAUGCUGUUGAUUCUUCCAAGGAAACACUAGUUUCUGGCUUUCAUGCAUCAUCUGAUGUACACACAAAAACAACAUCAUUGCUGGAUCUUUAUUCUGGAUGUGGCGCCAUGUCGACUGGGCUUUGUUUGGGUGCCGUGCUGUCCAACUUUAAAUUAGAGACUGUGCGAAAUGAAAAGGCUGAGGAUUUUCUUGUCCUUCUUAAGGAGUGGGAUGCACUUUGUAAGAAAUAUAUUGUCCAGAAAGACACUAUAUUGGAAUCUGAAGUAGCCCGGUCCUUAACUGAUGAUGAAGAUGAACCUCUUUCGGAAGACACAUAUGAGGUAGAGAAGCUUCUUGAUAUCUGCCAUGGUGAUCCAAAUAGCAGUAGAAAAGUUGGCCUAUGGUUUAAGGGCACUGUUGACGUGAUCUGUGGAGGUCCUCCUUGCCAAGGCAUCAGUGGAUUUAACCGAUUUAGAUCGCGUGAGGAUCCACUGAAGGAUGAAAAAAACAAACAGCUGGUUGUUUUUAUGGAUAUCGUGGAGUAUUUGAAGCCCAAAUACGUUCUCAUGGAAAAUGUUGUGAAUAUAUUGAAAUUUGCUGAUGGAUUCCUUUGGGAAGUACUACCAAAGUUUCCGUUGCCUACCCAUGAUGUUGUUAAGAGAGGAGUAGUGACAAAUGCAUUUGAGGUUGCAAACCAUCAACCCAAAGAUGUGAUGGACUUUAUCGUUGGCCCUAAAACAGAAUUCCAACGCUACAUCCGGCUUAACCGUAAAGCCAUGAUGGACUACUCCUUCGAUGGAGAGGUUGAUUCUGGCGAAGGUAAACUGUUUGACCAUCAGCCUCUAAGACUAAACAAUGAUGAUUACGAGCGUGUGCAGCAGAUUCCUCUUAAAAAGAUUAUUUUGUAUCCCAGUCAAGCUCGAGUUUUGACCAUCCGUGAAAAUGCAAGGCUGCAAAGUUUUCCUGAUUAUUACAGGCUGUUUGGCCCAAUAAAGCAGAAAUAUAUGCAGGUUGGAAAUGCUGUUGCUGUUCCGGUUGCUCGAGCUCUGGGUUGUUCUCUCGGAAUGGCAUACAUGGGUAGAUUAGAUGGAGAUGGACCACUGUUCAAGCUGCCCAAGAGCUUUACGAGAACUCCUGUAGUGUUUUCAGGAGGUGAAGACGCAGAUAUGGAACAAGUGCUUGAUUGA